AUUUUUUUUUCUUUUUUUCUUCUUUUUUUUUGAAGGGGGGAUUGACUGUGACAGCUGCUGAUGUUGCUGUAGCUUACCUUUGUGAAGUUGGGACAAUACCGCAGGCAUGCCGCUGGCUCGAAGCCUAUCUGUCACCUCCCUGUCAGGGCUGGAGGAGUGGGACGAGGAGUUUGAUUUGGAGGAUGCUGUUCUUUUUGAAAUCGCGUGGGAGGUCGCCAACAAAGUCGGAGGGAUCUACACUGUCAUCCAGACCAAAGCCCGUCUGACCGCGGAGGAAUGGGGGGAGAACUACUUCCUGGUGGGCCCGUAUGUGGAGAGCAACGUGCGCACCCAGGUGGAGCUGAUCGAGCCCACCAACCCUGCCCUCAAAAGCACCAUUGACAAGAUGAACCGCAGCGGGUGUAAGGUCUACUUUGGGCGCUGGCUCAUCGAGGGCAGCCCCUACGUCAUUCUGAUCGACGUCGGCUUCACCGCCUGGUCUCUGGACCGCUGGAAGAGCGAGCUGUGGGAGAACUGUGCCAUCGGGGUGCCGUGGUUUGACCGUGAGGCCAACGACGCCGUGCUGUUUGGCUUCCUGACGGCCUGGCUGCUGGGAGAGUAUGCAGCCCAGUGUGAGGAGCCUCCACACAUCCUGGCCCAUUUCCAUGAGUGGCUGGCCGGCCUGGGCCUGGUGCUGUGUCGCCAGAGACAGCUGCCUGUCGCCACCAUCUUCACCACACACGCCACGCUGCUGGGACGCUACCUGUGUGCUGGGAACGUCGACUUCUACAACAACCUUGCUGAGUUCAAUGUGGACAAGGAGGCAGGAGACAGACAGAUCUACCACCGCUACUGUUUGGAGCGAGCAGCUGCACGCUGCGCCCAUGUCUUCACCACCGUGUCACAGAUCACAGCCAUCGAGGCCGAGCACCUGCUCAAGAGGAAACCAGACAUCGUCACUCCAAACGGGCUGAACGUGAAGAAGUUCUCCGCCAUGCACGAGUUUCAGAACCUGCACGCUCAGAGCAAGAAUCGAAUCCAGGAGUUCAUCAGAGGACACUUCUACGGGCACCUUGACUUCAACCUGGACAAGUGUUUGUUCCUCUUCAUAGCUGGACGGUAUGAGUUCUCCAACAAAGGGGCUGAUAUCUUCUUGGAGGCUUUAGCAAGGCUCAACUAUCUGCUGAGGGUCAACCAUAGUGAUGUGACGGUCAUCGCAUUCUUCAUCAUGCCAGCAAGGACAAACAACUUCAACGUGGAGACGCUGAAAGGCCAAGCAGUCAGGAAGCAGCUUUGGGAUACAGCUCAAACGGUGAAGGAACGCUUUGGAAAGAAACUUUAUGAGUCACUCCUAGUUGGGCAGCUACCAGACGUGUCAAAGAUGCUAGAUAAAGAGGAUUUCACCAUAAUGAAGCGGGCCAUCUUUGCGACCCAGAGGCAGUGCCAGCCUCCCAUCUGUACCCAUAACAUGCUCGAGGACAGCAGCGACCCCAUCCUCAACUGUAUCCGCCGCAUCGGCCUCUUCAACAGCUCUGCUGACCGUGUCAAGAUCAUCUUCCAUCCAGAGUUCCUGUCGUCCACCUCUCCUUUACUUCCAAUGGAUUAUGAAGAGUUUGUAAGAGGCUGCCACCUCGGUGUGUUCCCAUCUUACUAUGAGCCCUGGGGCUACACACCAGCUGAGUGCACAGUUAUGGGUAUCCCAUCAAUCUCCACUAAUCUGUCGGGCUUUGGAUGUUUCAUGGAGGAACACAUAGCAGACCCUUCAGCAUAUGGUAUCUACAUCCUGGACCGGCGGUACCGAGGGGUUGACGAGUCAUGCAACCAGCUCACUUCCUUCUUGUUCCAGUUCUGCAAGCAGAGCCGGCGCCAGCGGAUCAUCCAGAGGAACCGCACCGAGCGUCUGAGCGACCUCCUGGAUUGGAGAUACCUCGGCAGGUACUACAUAUCUGCUCGUCAUAUGGCCCUGGCUAAAGCCUACCCUGACGCCUUCUCAUAUGAACCUCAUGAGCCCAACUCGGCCUCGGGCUUCCGUUAUCCCCGUCCGGCCUCCGUGCCCCCGUCUCCGGCUCUGUCCCGCCACUCCUCCCCGCACCACAGCGAGGCCGAGGACAACGACGACGAAGACGAACGAUACGACGAGGAUCUGGAGGCGGAAAAGGAUCGGAUGAACAUCCGCCAGCCCGUAGCCCUGCCCUUCAAAAACAAGGCUUACACUGUCUACGGGGCCAACGGUGAUGGUGCUACUACCGAGAAAAACUGAGACACACAUGCAACACACACACACAGAACUCACUAGUGACACUUCUCUGUGGUAGUAUGUACGGCCAUCCAUGUACUCACACAAUUCAUAGAUGAGUGCAGUUGAGCGAACAUGAGCGGUUAAAGCAGUUUGUUGUGAAAAUUAUAUCGCCGUCAAUGUCUUCCCAACCUCUGCUUACCUCAGUAUUUUUUAAAUAUAUAUUGGUUCAAUAUGUCUCUGUAUUUUUGGGUUACACCAGCAGUAAAAUCAGUGGCUUAUUUUGUGUAUGAACUAAGCAGCUAGAAAGGGCUAAAUUAAAGCUCUACAAGAAAAAAAAAAUACACCAUUGCUCCAAUGGAUUUGGUAGGGCACUAACAGAUGAUAACAGCAUUAUUGAAUAGAUAACAGAGUAUUUUAUUGGCCUCAGGAUGGGCUUUUUUAUUUGAAUGAAAGGUGGGUCAAAGCAGGGAUAUCAUAACCCUCCUUUUUAUCAUCUUUGCACAUCCUCACAGCUGUAACAGACAUUUUCCCCAUAAAUGUGGCCUGUGUAAAGGUGGUUUAAAUUCCUCUCAGUAGCUACUCAGAGCACUUACAAUAUCUUCCUUACUUAUUUGGGUGACUGUUUUGAACUCAGAUGAUCACCUCGUGGUAGCACUUUUUUUUUUUUCUCUUCCAGACGCCUUUUUCACUGUAAUGCGUCCCUGAAUGGAAAUGAGACGCACCACACGCACCUGCACAUCAAGAAACUGCCUCAGAACACAAUGCUGAAAAGCCUUUGGUUCUCUCAUUUUGACAAUAGUGCUGUUUGUGUGUGUGUGUGUGUUUUUCUUUUUUUCUGGUUCUGAGCCUUACUGUAUCACAGCCUUUGAGUGACAAUUAUCAGCAACCUCACACUCCUGUUUAUCUGUCUGUGUGCCUGUUUGUGCAAGUAUUUAUUUCUAGAAGGAAUGAAGCUGGGACACACUGAGGGGGAAGACGAUGUUAGGUUGAGAUGGUAACAGUGUUUUUAGAGGAAAGAAAUAAGAGAAAGGGAGCUCCUGUACGUCUGACUAGUUGUUGUUUUGAAAGAAGGGAAAAUGGUUUCACCAGGAGUAUGCACACUCCCAGUUAGUCUAUCAUUUGUUACAAUCUUGCACCAGAUUAACUUAAAAUAAAGUUUAAAUAUGUA